AUGUGUGCACUAUGUGCUGCAGUCGCAGUGACCACUGUUUUGACCAUUCUGCAGGUAACGGGCCAGAUCGGCUGGAGGCGCGAAGGCAUCAAAUAUCGCCGCAACGAGCUGUUUCUGGAUGUCCUGGAGUACGUAAACCUUCUUAUGUCUCCCCAAGGCCAGGUGCUAAGCGCACAUGUGGCAGGGAAGGUCGUAAUGAAGUCUUACCUCUCGGGCAUGCCCGAGUGUAAAUUUGGCAUCAACGACAAGAUCACCAUGGAGAGCAAGGGCAAGGUGUCCACACUCGACGACCCAACCCGCAGCACAGGGAAGACAUCAAUAGCGAUAGACGACUGCCAGUUCCACCAGUGCGUGAAACUGAGCAAAUUUGAAAGUGAACACAGCAUCAGCUUCAUUCCUCCGGACGGGGAGUUCGAACUCAUGAGGUACCGAAUCACCAAGGACAUCAGCUUCCCGUUCCGCAUUAUCCCGCUGGUGCGUGAAGUGGGCCGCACGAAGAUGGAGGUCAAGGUGGUGCUCAAGUCCAACUUUAAGCCAUCUCUCAUAGGGCAGAAGAUCGAGGUGCGGAUCCCAACACCACUCAACACGAGUGGAGUGCAGCUAAUCUGCAUGAAGGGCAAGGCGAAGUACAAGGCCAGCGAGAAUGCCAUCGUCUGGAAGAUCAAGCGCAUGGCUGGCAUGAAGGAAACGCAGCUGAGCGCAGAGAUUGAGCUCCUGCAAACAGACGCCAAGAAAAAGUGGAACCGGCCACCAAUCUCCAUGAACUUUGAGGUUCCCUUUGCACCGUCUGGGCUGAAGGUUCGCUAUCUAAAGGUGUUUGAGUCCAAGCUGAACUACAGUGACCAUGACGUGAUCAAAUGGGUGCGCUACAUCGGACGCAGUGGCUUGUAUGAGACCCGCUGCUGAUAACGGGGACACCUGCGGGGAGGGCGUCGCCUGCCCGAGCACUCCCUCCGAUGCUCCCCAUGGGCUCCGCUGCUUCCCCUUCCCUCACGAGCUCCUUCCUCCCACGUGUCCCACCAAGGGCAGCGAAUGUUGCUUUCAUGUUAGGCGCCCCAGCUGUGUAUAAAAGUGUUGCUGCGAAGAUUUGUUCUCGC